AAGAAUCGGAAUCUGAUAUCUCAUUUGAGGAAUUUUAGGACUUGAUAUGGAAGACUGGUAGCAGAGUUAUCGUGCGAUUUGACAAAGGAAGAUCAAUGAAGCAUUCUUGGUUGAAUAGUUCUUCAUCCCUUGAAUAUAAUAUCGGGAAGUAUACUUUAUGGAAAAAGACUCUUAUUGAUAAAUAUUACACUCAGAUAAACUUGAAGGUAAGAAAUAACAAAGAAAAAAGUUCAAGGAAGAUAAUGCACUAUCAAUACCACGACGUUCCAGAUCAUCAGGCGCCUUUUCACUCCACGCAGUUUAUAUGCUUUUGGAAAAUGGUGAACCAGAAACAUGAAGGAUGUAUCUUGGAAGGAGCUAAAGGGAAGAAGAAAGCACUCAGCCCAAUUGUGAUGUACAGCGCCAAAUGUUUUGAAAGACUUGUGUCGAUAUGUGCGAUAGACAUCUGCUUGGAACAAUUGACGGAAGAACAACCAGUGUCGGUAACUAAGACUUUUAUGCACAUCAAGAGCCAAUUGUCUGUUCAAUUGAUCAGCUCGGAUGAAGAGGAAUUCGUUAAGAAGACUGCACCACAGCUAACGCUCAUUUAUUCAUAGAAAAGAAGAAGACAACAGUAAUAGUGGACCUGAUAUUAAAUCGUUCAGAAAUCGAGUUAGGAAAUACUGCUUGCUUUU